UUUAUCGCAAACCUCACUUUCAAACAAGAAUAAAGCAAAGAUCAGUUGCACCUAAAGCUUUCUCUUACUUUUCUUCUCUCACUCUUAUCAUCUUUUCGCUCUCCGAUUUCAUCACUGGUCUUAGACUUUCUUCCAUGUCGAAUAAUGAAAAGAAAACCCCAGUUCAUUUCGAUCCUUUCGACUGUAAUCCUCAAGAAUUUAACCGUUUAGGCUUUAACUUAUAUGAACAUCAUCAUCAUCAUCAUCAUCAUCAUCAACAUCAAGAUCAAAAUCCUUCAAUGAAUCAACGUCCUUCACCCACACAAGGCUUUCAAGGGUUUGAUCCGAGCUCCUACAGUAUGACCUUCACUGACUGUUUACACAGCUCCAUGGAUUACAACACUCUAUCAAGAGCUUUUGACAUCUCAUGCUCAUCAUCUGAAGUGAUUAGCCCCGUAGAUGACGCUUCUAAUAAUAAGAAAAAUAGUACUACUGUACAUGUUGGCGGAGAUUCGGCUGGAAUCAAUGAUAAUCCAUCCUCCCCAAAUUCCUCGGUUUCUUCUUCGUCAAACGAGGCAACAGCUGAUGAAGUUUCUGAGAACAACAAGAAAGAUAAGCAACGGAAAUCCCGUGAAAAUAGGGAGCAUGAGAAGAAUAAGAAAGCAGGGAACAAACCGAAAAAGGAAAAAAAGCAAAGGGAGCCGCGGUUUGCUUUCCUCACUAAGAGCGAGAUCGACCAUCUCGAAGAUGGGUACAGAUGGAGAAAGUACGGACAGAAGGCGGUCAAGAAUAGCCCUUAUCCAAGAAGCUACUACAGAUGCACAAGCCAAAAAUGCUCAGUGAAGAAACGCGUUGAAAGAUCAUUCCAAGAUCCCACAAUAGUAAUCACAACAUAUGAAGGCCAACACAACCACCAGUGUCCUGCUACACUUCGAGGCACUGGCGCCGGGAUGUUAUCACCUUCACUCUUUGGAUCUGCGUCGGUUGGUCCCAGCUUUCCUCAGGAACUCCUCACUCAAUUGUUUCCACCACUUACAAAUAACCAACCCGUCCCAGCUUCAAUGUACUUUCAGAAUCUUGCACCGCAGCAGCAGCUCCAGGUUCCAGAUUAUGGCUUAUUGCAAGAUUUAGUUCCCUCAUUUAUCCACAAACGGGAGCAAUGAACUCAUCCCGUUGUCUAUGUAAACUAAUUCGCUUCUUAUAGAUGAACUAAUGCCUGCAUGGUAUCGCUCCUUUCACAAAGAGAGAGUUAAUUUCAUAUCGGUGACGAUUUGGAAUUCAUUCACAUUCAUCUCCUGGGAGCUUGCAAUACCCCAGCAGCCUUUUUCAAAGAGUGAAUGACGAUCCCUUUCUGUAUGUCUGUUUGCCAUCGCUCCUGCCAAACUCGCAUUAACUCAAGUCUCAAAUGGGAGAGCGGUGAGUAGUGUUAAUAGCAUCAUUAAGUUUGUGAAAAUUGCAAUUACUAUUGGUGACUGUUUGACUACUUAUAUGGAGGUACGAUAUAUAUAUAUAUAUAUAAAAAACUUGGCCAUGUUAUCUUAAAGAAUAUCAAUGGAGCUACUAAGGAGUUCUAAGGUAUUAA